UUUUUUUUUUCUUCUUUCUCUUUAAUGACCACGUAUGAUUCGAUUUGCAAACAACUUGAUGCACUUACGGUGUCUUAUUUUAAUAAACUAAACGAAUAUAAUCAUCACUGGCAAGAUGCAGCAGAUCACUUCCAACAAGGAUUUGUUGAUCUUGCCCAUGCUAAAUAUACCAUGGGAGCACGUACCUUGUCUCAAUAUUCAUACGAUGAGCGUAUGAAAGCUAUUCUACAAGUAGAUAUUGAUGAACAAGAGCAAAUGCACCCAAAACAAGUGAUACAGCAUACAGCAACAAAGCAACUUGAUGAUAUUGAUGAUGAUGAUAAAGAAAGUAUUAAACUAAAAGAAAAGAAAAAGAAAAGCACAAACCCUUUGCAUUGGUUUGGUUUACUUGUCUCGCCUUCAUUACGCCUUUCUCAAGACCAUUUCAAAAAAGGUAAACAUUUUCUUCUUUACUCUAAAUUGAAUUUUUGAUUAGCUACUACUCAAUUGAUUUCUCAAGUGAAUCGAGUACGUGAAUUAAAAGAAAUGGAGAAACGUUAUCAUGAGCUAUUAGAAGAGAAACUAGCUCUUCAACUAGAAAAGACAC